AUGUCUGAUUUUGACAUAGUUGCCUUCAGUGAUGGCACUAAAGGCCUCAUUGUCUGCUUCAUUAUCACCAUUCUCCUGGCAAACUUCUACUUGAUUUAUGUGACAGUCCGAAAAGGUGGCUUCUUCUACAGGGCCAAGAGUCUCACAAUGAUAUCCAUGGCCAUUGGAGACAUAUUUUUGGCUUUGUUCCCCCUGAUUGUCCUGGCAAGAGCCAUCUUUGAAGGACCAGAGCUGAGUCUGCCUUGCAGUACCACUAGAGCUUCAACCGUGUAUCUGAAAUUUCUCAUACAUUUCGUCUAUGGUUUUGGACUGAUCACUUUAGCAGUUGAACUUGUACAUCGAUACAAAACUCAACAGAAGCAGGAGAAGACAACAAGGAAUAUUAUCCAGUCUGUAAUUUACAGUGCUGUGCCAUGGCUUUUAGGCCUGAUUGUUGUACUUCCCGUAACUUUGGCCAACCUUCGAGGACCUUACUCAGAUGCUGAACAGCCAGGACCAUAUGCAAUAUUAACACCGUUUUUACUACGCUGCUUUGACGGACUCACGAAGAAGAAGGGAUUGUCAAUGUACGGUGUAUGUGUGCUACUGCCUGCUCCUCUAGCUGUUGUCGUAUGCAUUAUCAUGAUGUGUAUCAGAAUACUGCCCGCUUACUACACGGCUCCCGCUGUCGUUACCUACCCAAAUCAAGCACAAACUAUGAUUGUAACCUCACAAAACACCAACACAGGAAAUGCUAUCAGUCCUCAAUAUCCAGUGAGCAAUGCCGUAGGAGUACAACAGUAUCCUAUUUCUAACCCUCAAGGGGUACAACAGUAUCCCUAUGCCAGCCCUCAAGGACCACAACAGUAUCCCAUUGCCAAUCCUCAAGGAACACAACUGUAUCCAGCUAACGGUGUGAUGGAGACAGCUCAGAUUCCAACAGCACCAUCUAAUGACAAACACAACCCUAAUUUAGGAGAAUCGGUACCAACACCUCCUGCCACACAGUACCCAGUGCAACAGUAUCCCCCACCAGCAUACCCUGCUCAAGAAUAUCUCCCACCACAGUACCCCCCACCACAAUAUGUCCUGCAGCAAUACCCCCCACCCUAUUACGCUGUAGGGCAACAGUACACCACACAGUCGAAUGUGAUUGUUGCUGCUCCAGCUUAUAUAGUUCAAGCGGGACCCACUUUGGCAGAUCCAGGCAGAGAAAAGAAUGCUCUCCUUGUGGUUUCCAUUGUUCAUGCUAUCUGUGUUAUUCCUUUCGCUAUCUUUUCCAUGGGAUCUUUGGACUCCAACUACUCCUAUGAAACUGUUAGUAUCAUAAUUGAUGCUACUUUUUUCUGGUUGGCUGUUUUCAGAUCCCUUAUAACCCCACUUAUUUUUAUCAGAUUUAAUAAAGGGCUGAAAAACUGA